ACAAAUUAGUAAGAAGAUAAUGAAAAUAGUUACUAUGGAUCACUGGAAGAAGAUUUACGUUCUUGGUGCUGGCUCUUACGGAAGAGUCUAUUAUGCGGUCCAUAUCGAUCCUUCUUCGUCACGUGCUUACGUUGCUGCUGUUAAAUGUGCUGAUAAUAGCCUUUCGGGUUCACUCCAAAAAGAAGCGCAAAUCUUGACAACUCUCAAAGGUUGUCCUUACGUCGUUCAAUUCUUUGGAGCAGACGUUAGCAUCGACAAUGGUAAUAUUCCAAUUUACAAUCUGUUUCUUGAAUAUGCAUCUGGUGGAUCACUGCACGAUUUGAUCAACAAUUCCAAGAGAGGAAUGAUAAAGAUGUCUGAAUUGGAAGUAAGUUUCUAUACAUAUCAAAUCUUAAAGGGUAUUCAACAUGUUCAUAAGAAAGGGUAUGUUCAUUGUGAUAUUAAACCCGCUAAUAUUUUGGUUUUCAAUAAUGAACGUGGUGGGAUGCACAAGUUGAAGUUGGCUGACUUUGGAUUGUCGUUGAAAGUUGGUGAUAGAAUGACAUAUAUGACUGGAAUUCCGUUGAGCAAUAGAGGAACUCUACUUUACGCACCUCCAGAAUCUUUGAUAUGUGGUAUUCAUGCCAAAGCUUAUGAUAUAUGGUCGCUAGGGUGCACUGUGGUAGAGAUGAUCACUGGGAAUCGCUUUUGGAUUCAUUGUGACACUAAAGAUUUGCAGUGGAAGAUUAUGAAUGAUGAAGAUCCUGAGAUUCCGAGUAAUGUUUCUGAGAUAGCCAGAGAUUUUUUACACAAGUGUUUGAUAACGGAUCCUGUAAGAAGAUGGACAUCGGACCAGCUACUCGACCAUCCUUUUAUUCAGCAAGCUUUAUGUACUGCGUCAAUGUCUAUGCCUGAAACUCAAGAGGUGACAGCAAGGGUUAAUCCUUUUGGUUGCCAAAUUCCUAUUCCUGAGAAGGACUUCAUCAAUGCACUCUUUAAAACUAGUUAAUUUUAAGGAUGCAAUGAUUGACCACACGACAGUGUAUUACUUUCUUUUAUUAGUGUUAAAUCUACAGUGUUCAAAUAUAACACGAUGUAAUAGUUGCUUGUAAUGGACCAAAUAUAAGAACUCUUCAGGGUAAGGGUAUAGUAUGCUAACAAAGAAA